AAAACUGUUUUACAAGUGUAAGCAAUUCUGGAUAGUUUUUGAUGUAUCUUUAAGAUUUAUCUUUAAGAAUACUUUAGGUAUACAUCCAAUGGCAAUUUUUUUAAAUCAUUUUUCGAUACCUUUUAUAGCUUUUUUUUCUUAUAUGCCAAAAUGUAAACCUGACAUUUUAGCCCCAGGCUCAAGAGGACUAUAUACAUAACCUUCCCCUUCAGUACGCAUACAUUUCCAUUUGUGUUACUGAGAUACGUCGCGACACAUGUGUAAAUGUAUUUGUACAGCUCAAUACUCCGUCGCCUCAUCGUCACGACGUCCGCCCGACCCCGACUCCACCACCCUGCACGCCCCGACUCCGACUCAAUCGCUCGCACCCCAAAACACACGACCCUCCACCCGUCAGUCGUCAACGAGGCGCGAGAGUAGUUUGGUGUGUUCCUCCGUCCGACCAGCAGCAGCAGUGUUCUGGGGUGCGCUCUCUAGACUUCUGGACGGGAGGUGUGCAAUACACAGAGAGAGAGUGACUCUCUGUGGAAGGAUUUUCGCGGUGCGCGGCCAGGACGAACGGCUUUACGUUCCAAACUCUUUUUCCUACUACACCAACACCCAAUCUAUAUUCGUAAUCUCAAGUCUGAAUUUGUUGAAUGAUUUGGAGGAGGACAGCGUUGGACCUCGUUGAAGCAGUCUCUGAUUAACAAGGAAUACUAAAGAAGCAUAAGAAUGAAUUUUUCUCCAUUCGGAGGACACUUUCCAGGAACCAUCCCAGGAAUUCAUCAAUUUGCCGCAUCCGGUGCUCUGGUAUCCACUUCAGCUCCUGACAAUGUAAACCGCUACCAUUCCAGCAAUGUCAACAUUCCCCAUUUCAACCAGCCACAUGCGCCUAUUCUGGGCAAAUUUCGACCUGAUGAUGUGAACAACAUGAAUAAAUACAAUGGACACACAAACCAAUAUACAACACCCUACUCCCAGGACACACAAUCGGUAUCCGACAAACAACAACGCGGAGGCGCGUCAUCAAGCGUUUCAUCCUAUCCGCAGACAACACUUUCUGGCUCCGUUGGUGGACAACAGCCUCCGGAAAUACCUCAGGACUUGUGCAAUCUUCUUCAGCAACAAACUGACGCCAAACGAGUUCUUCAGAAUGUCAAUCCCAGCUGGCAAUCCUUAACUCCGAGUUCCGCUGUCGCUGACUACCUAUCUCACUUGCCAGCAAGUACACUACCUCUCAGUCUGCAUCAUUUCCUCAAGUAUUCAGCCGAGAGCAUCAAAAAGGAGACGCAGAAUCCACUCAGUUCGCAGAACCUCAAUAAUCUCGGUGCUGGUCUUUUGCCACCAAACAAUGCCAACCUAAAUCAUCAGGCGGCCCAACAGCAUCAGCAGCAAACACAGCAUCAACAACAGACGCAACAGAGUCAUCAGCAGACCAAUACGAACACGAAUGAUCACAACCAACAACAAACAAAUACUACAGCAACUACAAGUACCAAGAAAAAGAAGAAGAAGAAGGCUCCAAAACCACCGAAGGAAAAGAAACCACGUCCUAAGCCAGGUGAAAUUCGUCUCACGACGGCUCUGGAUGGCAGUACACUCUUUUGCUGUCCCGAGUGCCAGAUGGCAUAUCCAGAGCGUGGAUUGCUAGAACAGCAUUUGGUUGGGCACAAUCUGGAAAGACGCUUCAUCUGCGACAUUUGCAAUGCCGCUCUCAAGCGCAAAGACCAUCUGACUCGUCAUAAGCAGAGUCACAAUCCUGAACGUCCUUUCGUAUGCACUAUUUGUCUCAAAGCAUUCAAGCGCAAAGAGCAGCUCACGCUGCAUUUUGUCAUCCACUCGGGAGAAAAGAGGCACAUUUGCAAUGAAUGUGGUAAAGGAUUUUAUCGCAAGGACCACUUGCGGAAGCACACUCGUUCGCACAUUGCCAGACGUGUAAAAGCUGAGCUCAGUCAGCAAAAUCAGCCGGCUGGAAGUGGUGGCCAGGGAGCUGUUGUACCCAACAUGCAACAGCCCUAUUCACUAGGCUCCAAUCAAGCACCCAGUGGCCAGCAAACGCCUCAACAAGCCCCCCAGCCACCACCUUCGGGCCACCACAACGGACAGCCACAGAAUGGUGGGCAUCAGCAAUCACCGUGUUUGUCCUAAAAUUUACUCUUCCCAAAUUUUUCCCCAAUCUUCAAUUACUUCUAGACUUUUGUGAUCGUUUAACUGUUUGAUCCAUUUUUUUUCGCAAGAAAUAUAAUAGAUAUUGUUUUAUUUAUGAUUUUUUUUUCUUUAUUUAUUUCAAGAGUUUAUGUAUAUUUUAUUUUGAGUUGCAAUUUCAAGUAGUGUCGAAAUAGGGCACAGCCUCAAAGAAAAUAUAUAGUGAGAAUUGCUCAAAAAUUCAUAUUUUAGUAUUUCGGGAGAUUAUCCUGAUCUUAAGAAAACAUAUAAACAAAAAAAAAAGAAAACAUAAAAGAUUUCUUAUACUUUCCGAAAUUAUAUCCUCUCACUUUUUUUAGAACUCAUUGAAAAGAAAUUAGGGUGAAUGGUGGAAAGUGAGACACUUAAGAAAAAAUUCAAUUUCAAAUGCAUUUUUAAACUGAAUAAGUAAUUAUUUUUUACCAUUUUUUUUUGUAUCAUGGGAUUCUUUGACAAAUAUUUUAACAGAAUUUUAACAGUUGAUAUUAAAUAUUGCAACCGAAUAAUCGGAAAAUUCACGGAAAUUAAAAAAUAACACAAUUUGAAAAGAUGGACAAAAUUUUGGAAAGUUGGACAAAAACUUUUGGAAAGUUGGACAUAGUGAUAUUAAUGACAAAAUCUCAUACGAAAUAUGUAGAAAAUCAAAUGUUGAGGGUUUUCUCUGUAUACUUGCACAUUUAAUGGUUAUGCUAAUCCCUCCUUUAUGUCCGGGUAACAGUUGAGGAACACUAAUUACCAAGAACUUUCUGGACGUCCAACCAAAAAGAUGUUCUGUAAAUUUAACAGACGCCUCGCGCUGUCCAGCAGUUAUAGUUUUAAAGCGGAUGCAAUUUUAGCACAUUUCAAUUCCCCAUCCGCCCAAAUCCUUUUCCACUUGCUUUGGGAGUUCUGUAGAACUUUGUCUUUCUCCAGGUGUUUUUGCGAUAUUUACUAUCCAUUCGGUCAGAAAAAGUGCUCUUCGGAAUCUGGAAAUCCUUGCAGCCUUUUCCAGGAGAUUUUGUCCUUAUCAGCUGCUAACUGCUGUUGUAACUAUUUCUCCGGAUACUUAAGGAUCUUUGUCGUUCUUGUUAACAUGAUUUCACUGCACAAAACUACCAAAUUCAUUCACAAAAUCAACUUGUCCAAAAUUUCAAAAAAUUUGUUUUGAAAGCAACACGAAAUUAAAUCACUUUUCUAUCCUUUUUAAAUGUAAUAUUUCACAAAUAUUUUUUAUUCACCUUUUAAAUGGAUGUAUGUUCUUCGAUUUUCACUGCGGACUUAAUAAUAUUCCACAAAUUAUGCCGAAAAAUCAAACAAAACACUUUGAUAUUUUCCUAGCAACUUCCAUAAGAAACAGAGAAAAUGACAACUACCGUGUCAAGGUUAUGAAUAUCACGCAUGCAAUACAUUUUUUAAAUUCUUCCUGCAAAUCACCCUUUGAUUGUUUAAUAACGAUUUUUGCAUUUUUAACUUCUCAAAUAAUUACAAAAUUAAGUUUAAUAAUCUUUUUAACGAACAUUUAAAUAUUUAAUUGAUUUAUUAUCAAGUUUUUAAGGAGGUGUCUCACAUUCCACACUGCUUUGUUCAACUUUCCAAACUGUCUCGCUUUAGGCAAAUGACCCUAUAUUAUUUUGCAUAAAAUUUAAAAUCGUGAUUUUGUAUUCAAGAAACUGUAUGUUGUUUUUCUUUUGAACAAUUCUCACUAUUGAUAAAAGUAAAUAAAUUGCAAAAUGUUUAGUGCAGAAGUAAACAAUAAAUAAGUAUGUAUAUUGUAUGGAAGAAAAACCUGAAACAUUUAUGGAUGAAUAAUAAAAAUAGUAAAGUAAUUUUAUAUGUAUUGAUGAUGAUAAAAAAAAGAUGAAAAGUAAAAGAACAUAGUACAAAAAAUGACUCAUGGUAAAUUUCACAUGCUAAAGAACAAUUAGAAAAUUGAUUACAAAAAAAAAAUUCCAAGAAAAAAGAGACAAGACAUUUACAAAGAACACAAUAAA